GCCAUACGUAGAUGUAUGGAAUCGCAACAACAGUCCGAGUGCUUGGUGGACGAUGCAUUCAUUCCUUGUCCUCCAUCAACUCUAGAGCACCCAUCUAUAGCUUUCGGCUCGUUUCAGACGUCAUCCAUUCUUCUUGCCGAAGUUUCUGCGCCCCAGACAUCCCUUCAUCAACACUUCCUAGUCGCAUAUCAUCAUGGCAGCUGCCGUCGCGACCGCGCACACCCCUCUCGAGGGCUAUGUUGGUUUCGAUUCCAUCACCUCUCAGAUCGAGGCCAAGCUGUUGAAGCGGGGGUUCGCGUUGAACAUUAUGGUUGUCGGACAGACUGGUCUUGGAAAGAGCACGCUCAUCAACACGCUGUUUGCUAGUCAUUUGAUCGACUCUAAAGGUCGUCUGGAGGCAUACGAGAGUCCUAGAAAGACCACCGAGAUCCACCCCGUCUCCCAUUUGGUGAUCGAGAAUGGGGUCAAGCUACGCCUGAACAUCGUAGACACCCCUGGUUACGGAGACCAAGUCAACAACGAUGCUUGCUGGGACCCCAUCAUCAAGCACAUCAAAGAUCAGCACAGCGCCUAUCUGCGUAAGGAGUUGACUGCCAUGCGCGAGCGCUACAUUACCGACACGCGUAUUCACGUCUGCCUGUUCUUCAUCAACCCUACUGGUCACGGACUGCGCCCCAUCGACGUAACUGUGAUGAAGAAGCUGUCUGACGUCGUGAAUGUUGUACCUGUCAUUGCCAAGUCCGACAGCUUGACUUUGGACGAGCGCGACCUCUUCAAGGAACGAAUCCGCGCCGAGAUGCAGUACAACAACAUCCGCGUCUACCCCUUCGACGAUGCGGAUUUGGAGGAUGAGGAGAGGGAGCUUAACGAGCGCAUUCGCGCUUUGAUUCCUUUUGCCGUCGUAGGCUCCGAGAAGCAGGUGGUCAUCGAUGGCAAGGCUGUGCGCGGGCGCAAGAACAGAUAUGGAGUCAUCAAUGUUGAGAACGAGAAUCACUGCGAAUUUGUCUACCUGCGCAACUUCCUGACCAGGACGCACUUGCAAGACCUCAUUGAGACCACCGCACACAUUCACUACGAGCAGUUCCGCUCCAAGCAACUGCUUGCUCUCAAAGAGUCCAGCACUCGUCAGCAACAAGCUCAACAGCAGCAACAGCCUAACGGCGUAUAAAGUUGCGAUUUCGAUUCACCUCGAUUCACCAUGAUACACUUCAGCUUCAGCUAGGCUUUCGACCCGUGUACUGUUUCUCUUGCGUCAUGCUCCCGGGAAUUUGAUGC